UGCACCCUGGGUAGUGCAGUAUGUUGAACGAGUUUUGUAAAAUAACACGAUUAAGAUGUCGACUGGAAAGGAGUGUUGUAACCGACAUUUUAUAGCGCUUACCCUUCUGGUGUUUAUAGGAUACUUUGGAAGCGGAGAGUGUCUGCUGUGCUACCAGUGCAGCGACUCAGUGAAUGAUGGCAAAUGUCGAACUGACAUUGAAGGAAUGGAAAAAGAAUUCAUCGAAGAAAUGUACCUGUCCAACAUCUCAUCCGUAUUGCAUUUAAACACGUCGCACUACACAUACCUACAACUGUGUGAUGAGGAGUAUUGCACUGUGCAGGAGAUCACUCAAAGCGGUAAAACAGUCGGCUUUAUCAGGGGAUGCAGUGAUAAAUCCCGUCCAAGUGCCGGAUACACGAUUGCGAAUAUCCAAGCCAACAACAGAUCUGUGUGUGGUAUUUCAAUGACUGGAAAUGGCAUGCUAGUGUGUGGAACCUUCUGCCAAACAGACCUUUGCAACGGCCCACAAGCGGACCGCCCUGUCAACAACGGAAAUGCCCUAUUCAAUGGGUUGGUGUCCAUGGAAAAAACAGUACUGAUGGUUGCAUUGACAUUUGUCUUGUCAAGCAAAAACUACAUUUGACAGCUAAAGUCCCACGGUUUCACUCAAUCGUAAACUUUUCAGCAAACGUAGUUUUCUAUUUAUAAGUACUGAUCUGUCAAUCAAUAUAAUUUAUAUCUGCAAAUGUACUUGAUAACGGAAGAAAAUCGGUGAAUGAGUAGAAAUAUAACCACUGGAAAUCUGUAUUUUAUAUGAAUUUACUUAAUAUUUUUAGUUGGCGUACAUGUAUGUAUGCUUUAAGGAACCGAUUGUACAAGUUAAGAUAAUACGUAUACAUUUGUUAAUUUUU